GUUGAUGCUAGGCUGGUGAAGAACCAGGGAUUGAAUGCAUUGCAAUGCCCCACUGUACAAGCAACUUUGCUUGGUACUUAGGAAAAUUCAUCGCAGGCUUCACGGGUAUGCUUUUCUUCUAUGUUUUUUUAAAGGAGAAGGAAUACAGCUGUCUUUGCCAUGCAAGAAUGAGACAGGCCAUACGUCGCAAAGGAGAAAAACAACCAGGCAGAUGUGAAUGCGAACACGGAAUGCGGACCAAAGUUUAUGCUUGCGGCUGCAGAAAACGUAUGGACAUGGUACACGAGGAUAAGAAAAUGGUUUCAAGAGAACGAUCUGGCGAACAUCUCGGAGACUGCACUUGUGCUAGGAAAAGGUCUUCCUAAAAAUGACAAUGAUAUAUCAUCUACAAAUUGUGUGUGCUGUGUAACAUUACUUAAUCAGAAAAGGAAGGUUACAGCAUCAACGACAAACGUAAGAAGAAAACGACCAGGCAGACAUUGCCUCUAUCGCCAUUGUAGUGGAAUCGUGUGCGCUGAAAAAAUGAUGAAAAAAAGAAAAUACAAACAACCUUGUGCACACCUACGCGUUACUCAAGACAUCCUUCCCGAUUACUGGAAAAUAUGCAGCAAAACUGACGAUAACGAAACAGAGAACCAUGCGGAAAAUGUUAAUAUCAUCGACGUUAUUAACAGUGAUACGAAAAAUUGCGAAGGAAUUAUGAUUAAGUCGAAAGAAAAAGAAAUAUCUACAAAACUAUACCUUAACAAAAUAGACUCCAAACAGAAAACAUCAAUUGAUUGUCCAUGCGUUUCUGUCGACUAUAACGCGUCCCAGGCAUCUCGAUACUCUGAAACCACGUGUAAACAAACUCAAUGUUUUGAUAACAAAUCAGAUAAAGCGCCUCAACGUAUUUCAGAACUAGAAAUUGUCACAGACAUCUGUGCCGAUAAUGACAAAUAUUCUUUACAGCGCAUUAGUGGCAACACAUCUGAAACCCAGAGAAAGAGUAGUUUAUGUAAAAUUACCGAGAUAUUUACGGAUGAAGAAUUGAUCGAAAAUGUUGAUUCAAACAUACAUAGGGUGGGCCGUUCAAAAAUAAUAAAAAAACCAUCACAAAGUGACACUAGUUUCAGCGAAACGAUUAUUACAGACAAUUGCAUAGAUUCGAUUUUGUAUCGCGAAUUAAGAAAAAAGUGUGCUUCUAUGAUUAAAAAAAAGCUAUCGAUGAAUCGCAUAAAACCAAAUGUUAAAUCGAGAGACAUUCAAUCCCAUCGAGAGUCUGACAUUGAUACUGAAAUCGUAGAUUUUAUAAACGAUGCCCAAACAUUUUCUACAAAACAAAGAGGAAAAUACAAUUCAAAGCGUUUCGGGAACAAACAUCGAUCAAUCUCAAAGUUGCACAAGCUUCCAACCGCUUGGCAAAACAGUGCAAUGAAUCAUAAAAAGAAGUUUCAUUGUGAAAGUUGCUGUUGCGACAUAAAAUCUCGAGCUUAUAAUUGCAAUGACCCGCAAUGGAAAACUGCUAAGAAAGAAGUCACUUUGGAUCGCGAGAUUCAUUGUGCAAAAUAUAAACCGCAGCUUCUGCAGCACAAAGAAAAGCCAACUACGAUUCUUUUCAAGAAUAAACGAUCCAGCGAACAGCGAUGCGUCAAGGAAUCGAAAUUUGAAAACUCUACGGAUUCGGCGUGCAGUCCUGCGACGACAUCCACGCAAUUCACCGAAAGAUCGGUUCGUGAAAAUCGAUUCAUUUGUCGAUGUUCACCUUACGAAUCGUUGCAUUAUGCGAUGGCUUUUAAAGACCGAUGCAAACAAGAUCAACACAAGAUCGGUCGUUCAUUGCUGUUGUCUUCUUCGUCGAGUCUGACCUCGUCAAAACGAUGCCAUUCGUGUACGGCACUGUCGCAGGACUCUGCCCGUUAUAAACGAGAACCGAUCUCCUCAUCUUCCUGCACAAACAUUCAAAAAUGCAAGAGAAAAGGUUCGAGGAACGCGAAAAGAACCAGCUCGUAUCCUUCCUCAAACUCGUCUUCGACGUCGUUGGUAUCGCUGUCGACCUACAAGAAGAGUAACGACUUUGGACGAAACCAAUGUCUGGAACCUCGAGGAAGCAUCAGAGAAUCGAUAAAGACCCGGAGAUUGUGGAGAAGGCCAAGAUUUCGCAAACAGGAAAAGAAGAAAACCAUAUAUGUAGGUGAACGUCACAUUACGUGGGACGUCAAGCGCGCAUACUAGGAACAGCUAAACGAUUGAAGAAAGAAAACGAACAACUACGCGAACGACGUACGAAGAAGCGCAAGUUGUUUAAUUAUGGAAGUCUAAUAUAAAAGAUAUAUACUGUGCAGCGUAUAUACGCUAAGAAGUGAACGAGUACAGGGUUGCGCGUCCCGGUAUCGCUUAACAAAAGGAGUAGUGGGAUGUAAACAGUCACGACUAGAUCGCUCCUUUCGCAGAAUUGACGGUAAAGAAGGAAACCAAGGGAAAUUUACCAAGUUAACGAUGAACGGAUAAGCAACAACAGUAACGAGUAUAACUCGUAAUUGGCAGGUACCGAGUUAGCACUGAAACUCCGUGAAUAAAUUGGAUCUGUGCUGGCGCGGGAGUGACGCGUCCCGUUGGACGCGCUUGGAAAAUCUGAAACUCGAUUAAUAUGCGUCGUGUCCGUAGGUGAAGAGUCUAUAAGUAGAAUCUUCAGCGGACACGAACGUCAGUCAUAUUCAUAUAUUAUAUUCCGACCUAGUAGACGGGAACCUUCCUUUACGCUAACGAGAUAUAUGCGACGGUUAACGCUGUGCAUACAUCACAUGAUGCCAUGGUAUACAUCUUCGUCCGAAAAUUUCAGUUACAAUUUUCCCAACAAGAAAGAGAAGCUCACCGAUUUCUCUUUUUCGAUUCUUUCUAUAUACUUGGAGAACUUUCGAAACUUUUGUUCUUGAUAGAUGAUGCUUUCUGUUUGAUAACGCUGUAUCUUAAUAUUGUGAUGUACUGUUUUACUUUUUAUUAGAAUUUUGUAGAAAACUAAUUCCAUUUCACAAUAAAAUAAAUAUCUUAAAAGAA